UAGUGUGCGUCUACCGCCGUCUGUCAUCUUGUUUGGAACAUGUUUGGGAAAAAAUACUUAUACAUUACUUGUUGUGGCCUUUAAAAAAAAAAAAAAAAAAGUGAAACGUGAGGAAGUUUGGUAGAAUUACACCAAGGGAGUUCUAUGGAUAGGUGUGUGAAACAUGAAUGGAUAGAAGAAUGCGGUGAUAAAAUAACAACAGUAACAAAGAAAGGGCAAUCACGUACGACCUCCAAAGAUGCUCAAAGUACGAGUGAAGCAUUUCUUGUUUGCUUGCGUUCUUUCUUUCGGUAUUAUCGUUCUCCUUGGCCUCUACGAUGCUUCUGGCAGCAUGGAAUAUGGAAAGAGUGGAAAGGACGAUGAGGAUAACGGCACAUUGAGUGAUGAUAAGUACAUUAAUUCUCUCCUAAAAGGGUACCAGAAUAACCAUGCCGAUACGCCAAAGGAUGAACGGAAACGGACAAGUGACUUGGCCUCAAAGACUGCUAAAGUUAUCAAAGCUUAUACGGAAGAAAAGGAGACGAGGGUUGAGGGCGAAAGCAACAUAUCACAUGCCAACACUAACUCGGGGCAGAUCAGAGCGUCCUUAGCACAGUCAGGUGUUCCAGGUGCCUCUUUAACAGGGUCCGAAACCUCCGAAGGAAAAGCAGAGGACACCGCACAGGACGCAGUACUAACAGGGGCUUAUCCAUCGGGGCAAGGAAGCAAGGACGCGGUGGGACUGCCUCGGGAUGGACUGAUGGAGGCCCCGAAGGACCUGCCGCUGCCAGUGAGCCCGUCAGUGAACGAGACGAGCCGCGAUUUGCUAGAGAAAGUGUCUCCUUUGGUGAAGCUGCCCAGCGACGAACAUUGGCCCGCUGUUCUCCAACCGUCUGCAGGGGCCAUCUAUGACUCCAUUAACUUUUCAAGAUAUCAACCCGAGGACAGAGAGUACCUCCAGGCCCGAUUAGACGUGUAUAGGGAGCGAGCACAGGUAGUGGGUGAGAUGUGUCGAUCCAAGCCUGAGCUUAUGGUUCCCACGAAUAUUAACAUAUUCACUUGGGAUUUACGCCAUGAUCCUAACCUCGUGUGGUGCGAAAUAUCUAAAGUGGCUUCGACCAGCUGGAUGGUGAACUUCCUCCGGCUCGCUCACUAUCGAGAGAACGACGAAAGCUUGAAACACUUGCCACAGGAGGCACAAGACGCCAUUCGAUUCGAGGUUCAUCCCAAGAAUGACAGCCUACACCUCCGGGUCUUCAGGAUGUACCCUGCUCCCAACACCACGCAGGAGAGGGCCCGAGUGUUUGCCAAUGCCCUGCGCUUUAUUAUCGUCCGCCAUCCGUUUACCAGGUUGCUCUCGGCUUACCUCGACAAGAUGACAACUCUGACCCCGAGACCUCCCACGUUCAACUUCAGGCAACUUCAGCUCGACAUUAUCCAGCGGUACCGCGUAAAAGAAACAGCUGACGCCUCUCCAUUCCCAACCUUUGCGGAAUUCGUGCAAUUCGUGAUUGAUUCAACGGCCUCGCUAAAGACGCUUCGGGACUGGAGAACGGUGGUGUGCUGGACCCCGUACUGGGCGCGGUGUGGCGUCUGCGCGCACGACUUCCAGCUGAUCAUGAAGAUUGAGACACUGGACGAGGACGAGCGGUUCCUGGUGACCUUGGCUGACCUCGCGGAGCUCAAGAAGGUCAGAGAGUGGCGCCACUCAGGCGGAAAUAAAAGCAGCACCGCCAAGAAAUACUUCAAACAGCUAAGCACCCAGCAGAUGCUUCAGCUAUACGAGCGGUACCAGUUAGACUUCCAGAUGUUCGGGUAUUCGAUUCACCAGUACUUGCCUCUCGCUCGGGAUGCUGUUCCUGAGAGAUGACGAAAGAGUGGUUUAUAGAUACAGGUGUAUUUCUCUCUGCUUCUGUCUCAGUUUGUCUGUUUCUUUCU